AUACUCUUCGUCUUUGCAUUGAUUAUCGCAGUCUCAACCACUACACGGUCAAAACCUGCUACCCUAUGCCCCUUGCCGAUGAGAUAUUUGAUCGCCUUGCCAACCAUCAUAUAUUCUCGAAGAUUGACCUUUGCAACGGAUACCACCAGAUCCGCGUAGCCGAGGAGGACCAAUCUAAGACCGCCUUCCGAUCUCGGUUUGGACACUUCGAGUUCACGAUCACGCCUUUUUGUCUCCGCAAUGCCCUUGCUACACUCCAGACGGCUAUGAACACGAUGUUCCAAGAUUUUUCUGAGGACUCUAUUCGAGUCAACAAAGAUGACAUCUUGAUCUACAGUCGUAACAUAGAGGAGCACCUGACCUAUCUUCGCACUGUCCUACAACGAUUACGUGCUUACGAUUUCUACGCGAAGCUCUCCAAGUGCUGCUUCGGUCAACCCAACGCUGACUUCCUCGGGCAUCAAUGUUGGAUUGAAGUCAUAGAGCAGUAUGACUUCGAGCCCCAAUACAUCAAGGGCGAGUACAAUAAGGUUGCUGAUGCGCUGUCGCGUAGACCUGAUUUCUUAGGUGCGCUGAUUACUGAGUUCGAUCUUACGGACGAUGUUACUCGGUCCUUGGUGGGAGCCUAUCGCGAGGACCAGUUCAUGUCUGAGAUCAUACGCAGACUUCACGCGAAGGAUGGGAAGACUUCUGCCGAGUUUGAGUUGGUCAAUGGCUUGUUGUUCCUUGAGAAGGCAGGGAAUAAACGAAUGGAGGUGUUAUGGUUUGUGCUAACUCAUGUCGACGUUUUUCUCGCGACCGAUACAUUGUGCAAGCUGAAGAACAGUGUUGCGACCACGUGCUCUCCCAUGUGCAGAAACCCCACCCAGGCUGACCCAGCUGUAAAAUUUAAGGCCCCAACACCACCAAGCUGCCUGCGUACCCCUUAUGGGGCGGCAAGGCUUACUGUUCCCGCGAGCUUUGUAUGCGGUUCUGGGAAUGGUGAGCAUGAUGAUGGGGGAGAUGAUUGUGAGGACCUACCUUUUGCUGUUGAUGAUCUUGAGACAGAGUCACAGCGUAGCAGACUUGAAGAGCUCGACCCGUUGACAGUCGCGGACUUCCAGUGGAUGCCCGUUCCCCCGACCGAUCGAUUGUCGAAACCGCAUUACAAUGUGCUUAUGGCACAAUUGCGGGAGUAUUUGCACACUGCAAUACCAACUCCGUUGAUGGACGCCGGAGUAGAGGUUGUCGACCUUCAGGAGUACAUCGCGAAGAUCGACCGCGAGUUCAAGACACAACGGUACGACAACAUUGACGCACCAUUGUUGUAUGUACGCAUUCAGAUCGGAGAGGCGACCUGGAGCGCCUUGAACGAUUGCGGUGCAACUCGCAACUACAUGAGUCAGGACUUCAUGGUACGCGCCGGCCUUGGCCCACGCGUCAGGAGGAAGUCCCAUCCGACACACGUGACGUUGGCCGAUGAUCACACGCACAAGUCAAUUGACCGGUGCAUUGACAACGUCCCUGUGUAUUUCGCCCCGCAUGCACGCAAGGCCGUGUCCUUCGACAUUCUGGACACUAAGCUCGACAUGAUUUUGGGCAUGUCAUGGUUGCGAAGUGAGGACCACCCGGUGAACUUCUACCGCCGCACCGUUCACGUUCGUGACCGGGAUGGAGUACUAGUCCCAUGCACUGUGCCUCCUCCUCACCCUUCGAUCAGCUGUCACGUGGUGUCCGCCGCAAGUAUUCGAGGUUUCAUCAUCAAGGAUGACAUUGAGGAGAUGGGGGUGUGUUUUCUCCACGCCCUCCCGCCCCAGGACACCCCAUUAACGGACGCAUCAUCGGAGCCACGCAUCACUGAGCUUCUCGCCACUUAUAGUGACGUGUUCGAGGCCCCGCACGGAGUAGUACCGGAUCGGCCCAUCCGCGACGAGAUCAUCCUCGAGGACGGGGUUGUACCUCCGCGUGGUUGCAUCUACCGAAUGAGCGAGGAAGAGUUAAGUGUGCUACGGGCACAACUCGACGACCUUCUGGAGAAAGGUUGGAUUCGACCUAGCUCUUCGCCAUAUGGUGCGCCUGUUCUCUUCGUCCGGAAGAAGAACAAGGAUUUGCGGUUGUGCAUCGACUAUCGUAAGCUCAACGCGCAGGCGGUCAAGAACGCCGGCCCUCUCCCACGCAUCGACGAUCUCCUGGAGCGACUGGGCGGCGCCAAGUUCUUCUCCAAGUUGGACCUCAAGUCGGGUUAUCACCAACUUGAGAUUCGCCCGGAGGACCGAUACAAGACCGCGUUUAAAACGCGAUAUGGGCAUUUCGAAUGGCUGGUCAUGCCGUUUGGCCUUACGAAUGUCCCAGCCACAUUCCAGGCGGCUAUGACAUUGGAGUUUCGACACAUGCUGGAUCGUUUCGUACUCAUCUACCUCGACGACAUCUUGGUGUACAGUCGGAGUUUGGACGAGCAUGUGGAGCACCUGCGCACCGUUCUGGAACGGCUAYGACARGCSAAGUACAAAGCCAACCGCRACAAAUGCGAAUUCGCGCGGCAAGAGCUGGAGUACUUGGGACACUAUGUGACGCCGCAAGGCAUCCGUCCACUUGCGGACAAGAUCGAGGCCAUCCGCGUACGGCCCGAGCCCACCAACACCACRGACGUUCGUUCAUUCAUGGGGUUGGCAGGCUAUUAUCAGCGUUUCAUCACCGGAUACUCAAGGAUUGCCGCACCUCUGACGAGACUACAAUCCCCAAAGGUGCCAUUCGUAUUCGAUGACGACACGCGCCAGGCUUUCCAAGCACUCAAGACGGCCAUGCUCAUGGCACCCGUCCUUAGCAUCUACGACCCCACUCUGCCUACGAGAGUGACAACUGACGCUUCCGGAUGGGUCACGGACAAUAACCCAUUGACCUACUACAAGACGCAGGACACGGUGAGCAGCACGAUUGGACGGUGGAUGUACUUCAUCGACCAGUUUGACUUCACACCGAAACACGUUGACGGCCUCUCCAAUCGCGCAGCAGAUGCACUUUCGCGACGACCUGAUCUUUGCGCUAUGACGCAUCACACCUUCGCGUUCGACGAGGACCUCCAGCGACACUUCAUCAGGGGCUAUCAGUCUGACCCAGAGUUUGCUACGUUGUAUCUCGGAUCACCCGCCGGCCAGCCACUAUCGCAUUUUUGCCGACGCAGCAAACCCCGCAACCGCAAUCCCUAUGGCGAGUUACGCGCGAUGCCUAUCCCCCGGGAACCCGGUAUCUCCAUUGCUAUGGAUGUCACCGGUCCGUUUCCUCGAGACCGGCUCGGGCACGACGGCAUCCUCACGGUUGUGGACCGAUUGAGCAAGUACGCACGUUUUCUUCCUUGCAAGUACUACUCCACGGCUCCCGAGCUGGCACGCCUCUUGCACACCGGUUGGAUUUGUGGCCACGGCGUACCCGAGGACAUAGUCAGCGAUCGCGACACUCGUUUCAUGUCGACUUUUUGGACCUCUCUCAUGCAGGAGUCCGGCACGACGAUGAAACCCAGUUCGGCUCGGCAUCCACAGACAGACGGGCAAACGGAGCGGGCACAUCAGACCGCUCAAAUGAUGCUUCGUACGCUCAUCCGUCCGGACCAGAAAGAUUGGGUUGACCGCCUCCCCGACAUCGAGUUCGCCUACAACACUUCAGUGCACCCGGCGAUCGGUGUGACUCCAUUCGAGUUGCACCACGGUGGACGGAAAGGCCGUAUCUUCACUGAUCUUCUCCUCCCUCGACCAGACGACAUUGAUGCCGCUUGCUCUCCCGCUUCCGUCCGGAAGUACAGGGAAUUGCUGGCUCAAGCCCGCACAAACAUGCAAAAGGCUCAAGUCUGGAUGCAGCAGCAAGCCAACAGGCGCCGCGUACCAUGUCCCAUCCGCGCCGGAGAUCGAGUUUGGGUCUCCUCGGAAGAGUUUGCAUUGGAACAGGAUGUCUCAUGCAAACUACUCCCUAAGUGGUUUGGACCAUGGACAGUGACAUCAGCCGCGGGCGAUGAGCCCGAUGGCCCUUCAUUUGUGAUCGACAUUCUUGAGCAUCUGACGGUCCAUCCAGUCUUUCAUGCGUCAAAGUUGGCAACAUAUACACCAGCUAAGAGCGAUGACUUCCCGGGCCGACGAUCGUGCUGGAGCCCCAAUGCGUGGGGUAAUCAAGGUGGAUGGCAUGCUGAUGUGCCAAGUGCUGCAACUCCUUCGCCUGCAGGAAAUGGAGAUCGUGCUGGUGGUGGUCCUGCAGGGGGUGGCAAUGCUCCUUGGAAUGGGCGCUCGACAGAUGCAGCUGUUGGCGCCCUGAUCAAAAUGCUGAAAGGGGCAACUCCACUGCGUCCAUCGGGGCGGCAGGCGACGGGGGAAUGCUUGACUGGCUCUGUCCCCAGUUGCUCGGGAAGCAGGUCGCCCAGGCAUUCCGCAGGGGCUGGCCCAGGUUUGGAGUCGAAUAGUGGGGUUGCAGCGUCACCAAUCGUUUCGCCAGGAAGACCUCCUUCAAGGCCAGCAAUCGUUGGUGGUGGAGGUGGUACCUCGCAGAAGAGUGCUACUGAGAUAGAUGCAGGUCAUCGGGGGUUUGGAAUUGGGAGCAGCACUUCCUUCCGAAGGGCACGCGCGUUGCAGUUCACGGCGGAUGCUCUAGAAGAAUUGCUGGAAUACACAGCAAUGAAGAAUGGGCUUCUGAGGCAGCGUGGAGUUGGCGGAACGCCAGGUGGUGUUGAUAUGGCUGGGGACACUGUGAUGGCUGCUGACAGACUGCCAGGUGGCAUCUGCCCUGUGGAUGUGCCAGUCAGUGAGAGUGACAGCUGGAAGUGCUCGCCGCAUGAAACAGAAACAUGCUGCACAGCGGGUGGUGAUGAAUGGGGGCAGGGUCAGAGCUGGAGGAGCGGGGCCAGUAUAGCAUCGUCCUGACCAGAAACUCCAGAAGCACUCCAGCUUCUGCUGUGUCCAUGCGCCUCUUAUGAGGUGGCCUUCUCCUGACAGCAUAUAUGUGCGUGUGUGAGUGAGUGUGUCUGCACCUUGACCCCAAUCUUUGGUCUGCCAUUGUGACAAGACCGUGAACAGAAGAUUGGGGGCUGUCCAACCCAUGCCUCCCCCCUCUCCCAUUUCGCUGUCUAGAGGCUAACUGAAAGCAGAUACGUGACUGCGAGAAGAGAUUAUUGCGAGUAGACUAGAUGCCUAAAGGAGCCGUUAGCAAGCUGGGGUGUAGCUUGCUUGGGUAUGGGGAGCGGGUCUCCUGCGUGUGGUCCGUCCUUGUGUGCCUGUGUCAUGAAUCUUCUGUGUUCUCCUGCACUGUAAAUUCUGUACAUGGACUGUCGCUCUAUCGUUGAUUUGUUCUGCUGCUUGAAUCUGUACGGCAAGUGUGAUGACGAAUUUCGUGUACAAACUGUAUAGCAGCCAUGAUUGUAUGUAUCAAUUACAUCUACCGAGUGUGAGUUGCAUUUGAACUAUCGAUCCCAGCAUGAUGUCUAUAAGUGAAUUUCGACCCUCCGAGGUGUCAUUCCUGACUCUG